AUGUCGAAUUCUAUGCCAUGGUUCCAGCGCCCCUACCAACCAUUUAAUCCCCCCGCUAUAUUUCAACUUCGAGUUCCGAAUGAAGCAUCCAGCAACUCGACAUCACAACUAAUACCGAUAUGUCAGUCACGGCUAGCAUCUCAACUUACGCAAGUCAAUACGCCGCAAAGCAGCUCGCUAUAUCCGCCUCAAUUCCAUCCCCAAACAUCAUAUUACUCACCAGGCACUAUCCCACAUGUCACAACUAUUCAUCCGGUGUAUCCAACACUACUCCGUAUCCUAGAGGGCACAAAGAACCAGGUGAAAUUUGAAUACACCCACAGUCGGUGGUCAGAGGUGACGUGCUACUCAUACGCCCCAAUCGAAAGUCUAGCUAGAUGUGAGCGAGGAUAUAAUAACGUCUCUGGAUAUGAUGAAGGUGGGCUGCCGCCUGGAUGGGAAAAGCCCAGUAUUCCCCACCCUGAUAUCGUUCCAGCAUUCAGAUCCGGCCCACCAUCACCUCCGCUUGCUCUUUUUUCCCCACAGCAGCAGCCACCAUCUACUACAGAAGAUGCCAUCCACAAACCGAAAAGAAAGCCAUUAACACAACAAAUGGCAAAGCGAAAGCCAGUUCCUAAUAGCGUAACAAGCAUAAAGUGCAUACCAUCGCCGAAAAUGCCAUCGACAACCACGGGGUAUAAAGCCUUUGAUUCUCGCGACUUUGCCUUACAAAAAGUUGAGAACCGGUCCGAUGCAAAGCCACGGCCCAGUAAAAGUUAUGGUAUUGCGGAUGCCCCUUCCGGUACCCCUUCCCCUGCUUCUUUUAAGGCUAGGAGCUUGAAGAAGGUCUUGAACUGGGUCAGUAAUGUGGGCCCACGCAAGAUAAUGGGCGAGCAUAAAAGGGGGGUAGUGGGAGGGAAAUGA